UUCAAGAACUUUCGGUCAUCGCGGUCACGGGUCGUUGAGCUUGCAGCAGUACUUUAUCACAAAGCGUUGUUUUACCAGCUAGUUAUUGUUGUUGUUUUUUUUUUCGUUGAGUGUAUAUAAGUGCUAGACAAGACAACGUAGGGUAUAUCAGACACUUGCACAAGUUGUGGAGUGCAGAGCUCUGCUGGCCAAAAGGGCCGAGAGCAGAGAGGGUAUAACGUAGUGUAGAAAAGCGAACGUUGGUGAUGUCAGCGGCUUCACGGCUUUCGAGCUUUAGUGCGCGAUUUGUUCUCGUGACUAUGGAGGAGUUAAGAACUAAGUGUGCGCCUCUGGGUGAUAAACACAAAUCGUCGUGAUCCUGGUUUUUCUGCCCCAGCGGCCUUGUGUAGUUGCUGCUGCUGCUCCUCCUCCUCUUCAGCUUCUCCAUCUACAUAUUUUUGUCUAGCUAUACAUACACGGUUUUCUCUGCUGACUGCAGUGGCCAGGCCACUUAUUUGUCACAUAUAUAUGUAUUGAGACAGAUUAACCCAGAAUAUUUGCUGUUGACUUGUUACUGAGGAAUGGCAGCAGCCCUUAAGAAAAAUCAUUCUCGUCGCAGGCUGGCUGCAUUUACGUUUCUUUCCAAUAUAUCAUUGGAUGGAAGUCAUCAAGACACGCGACUAGUGCUUUUACCUUGCAAUGGCGUACUAAACAAUGGAAACUGUGAUGUUCAAGCAGUGCUAACUAAAAAUAAUCAUGCUAACAAUCAGGCUCCCUGGGACUGCAUUUUAGAUAAUUUGCACGACGAGAGCGUCGAUCAAUGUAAAAGACUGAGCGAAUCACCACAGCUUGCUGUGCCUUAUCAUCAUGUAACAGAUCCUUUCAGCUCUGACUCUGAGACUGCCGUUACCCCAGCAAAGGCAUCUUAUACUCAUCCUCAACACUUGCCAGCACAUCAUAGCUCGUUUAGAGAACGUGCUGGAACAGUCGGGAGCGAGUAUUGUUUGAUAGAAAAAAGAGUUGGAUCUGUGCAAUACAAAAGAAGAAUCACUCAUCAAACAUCAACUUUAUCAGAAGAUGUUAAAAACCAAUACAACAGUAGCAAUGAAAGUUUAGGAUCUUUAAGAUCAAAAACCACUUCACAAUCAUCAAAGUCAAAAGCCAAAGCCUUGAACAGUUUACAAACUGGUUGUAUGAAUAUACCAGAAGUAGCUAAAGAAUUGCGUUUUAUGAAAAAGCCCAUUGAAGGUCACAAAUUUACGGAUGACAGAGUAAUUUUAGUAUCAUCAAAAAAAGUACCGUUUUUAGUUUUUUCAUCGCUACCCUACAGCAAAGGACAACGCACCAGUUGCUUACAAAGCGUUAGGAGUAACUCACCUAUCUUCAAAAAUCUCUCCAUCUCCAAUACAAUUUUGAAAAGGUCAGAAUUACGAAAAGAUGCCGGUCGCAGGAAAAAUACGAUAAAUUCAAGACCUCUAUCUUCCAUCAACGAUAACUUAGAUCCUUAUCGUUUACUGGGUAUUGAAAGAGCUCAAGAUGGUCAGUUGAUUUCUUAUCGAAAAUUGCUUACACCUUCUAGACAUUUUCAAAAGGAGCGAAAGACACAUUUAAGUGACAGUGACGUUAUAGAUUUUGUGCAUGCUAACAAUAGCAAUAAACAUCAUGUUGUAUCAAGGUGUUUAUCUUAUGAUAUGUCAUCGAAUCGUAUACAACACGUAUCAGAAUCCCCACCAGUGAUAUUAGCGACUGAAGGAAAAGUUCUCGAGUGGAAUGAUGAAAUCCAAUAUAAUCCCAAUUUACUUGACGAUCCAGAACUAAUCGCAGGAAAGCACCGCACAUUGCUCACGUUUACAUCAUAUAUGGCAUCAGUCAUUGAUUACGUGCGACCGUCGGAUCUUAAGAAAGAAUUGAAUGAUAAGUUUCAUGAAAAAUUUCCGCACAUUCAGCUGACUUUGAGUAAAUUACGAAGCUUGAAACGAGAAAUGAAAAAAAUUGCAAAAAUGGAAAGUGGAGUGGAAAUGUUAACGGUCGCUAUGGCCUACGUUUAUUUUGAAAAAUUAAUUCUAAGAAAUGUUGUUACGAAACAGACUCGUAAAUUGUGUGCUGGCGCUUGUUUGUUACUUGCUGCCAAACUGAAUGAUGUCAAGGGCCAAGUAUUGAAAUCACUUAUUGAGAGAACAGCAAAUGUUUUGCGUUUAAACAGAAGAGACCUUUUGGCGUCAGAAUUUGCAGUACUCGUUGCACUUGAAUUUGGCUUGCAUCUUCCAACUUGGGAAGUAUUUCCCCACUAUCAACGUCUUAUAUACGAAUCUUGACCCAUUAUUUAUUUAUUCUAAGUACCUGUACCUGAUUUGACCCGUAGCGUCCUAAAUUUUAUGCUAAAGGCUUUCAGCUAAACAAAAAAUACAUACACCAAAUAAUGGUUUACGCUUUUUGAGCCAACGAUUCUUGUUAAAAUUUUGUUAUUUGAAACUUAUAGGUCUUUAGUAUGAUAUUUUUUACUAAUUAUAUUUUAUAUCAUAUUAAUAUUGAUUGGUCACAUUAAUUCAUUUGUUUAUGUAAUAAGACUGAUGGUUAUUGGAUGACAAACAUAUUUAUAUUUUACUUGGUAAACAAAAUUUAUCUCAUUUAUAUUUGGAAACGUUGUUUAUAUAUUUUAAAAAUUUUAUUUUUUAAACAUUUAUAGACUAGUCUUAGUAUUUAUCAUGAAAUUACUUUAAAAAUUGA